AUGGCCCGCCGUCCCGCGAGAUGUUACCGCUACUGCAAGAACAAGCCUUACCCUAAGUCCCGGUUCAACCGUGGUGUUCCCGACCCCAAGAUCCGUAUCUUCGAUCUGGGACGUAAGAAGGCCAACGUCGAUGACUUCCCUCUGUGCGUGCACAUGGUCUCCAACGAGUACGAGCAGCUGUCCUCCGAGGCUCUCGAAGCCGCCCGUAUUUGCGCCAACAAGUACCUCGUGAAGAUCACCGGUAAGGAAGGUUUCCACCUGCGCGUGCGCGUGCACCCCUUCCACGUCAUCCGUAUCAACAAGAUGCUUUCGUGCGCCGGAGCCGAUCGUCUCCAGACCGGUAUGCGUGGUGCCUUCGGUAAGCCCCAGGGUACCGUUGCCCGUGUGAACAUCGGCCAGAUCAUUCUGUCCGUCCGCACUCGUGACUCCAACCGCGCCGCCGCCAUCGAGGCCCUCCGCCGUGCCAUGUACAAGUUCCCCGGUCGCCAGAAGAUCAUCGUCUCCAAGAACUGGGGCUUCACCCCCGUCCGCCGCGAGGAGUACGUCAAGCUCCGCCAGGAGGGCAAGCUCAAGCAGGACGGUGCCUACGUCCAGUUCCUGCGUGGCCACGGUCUGGUCGAGGAGAACAUGAAGCGUUUCCCUGAUGCUUACGAGACUGAGGCGUAA